CUUUUUCUCUCUCUCUGUGCUCUUCUAGUUGUCCUCAUCCACCCCAUCAGGAGCUGGACUGCUGGAAUCAGGCUGUUAGGUGAUUAAUCACAUCCAUCCUAGAGAACAUCGCACUGCGGUGGUGGUUGCUGCCGGGCCGGCGCAGUGAUGAGCUUCAGGAACCACCAAGACGGAUUUGGGCCCCAGCUCGCCGCUGCGGGCCACGCCUCCAGUGGAGCGCAGCCGCUGCCGUGGUGGGUCGGGCACCAGUUGCUGUACGGCGAGGCAAUGGGGCAGGGGAGGCCGGCGUCGCCGGAGGAUGCGUGCCGGGACGGCCAGUUCCAGGUUGUGCCGAGGGCCCAGGCGCUGCUGGACGCGGCUCCGGUGCUGCCGCCGCAACAGCAGCUGAUGAGCGAGAGGGGCAUCCCUGAAGUGAUGAAGUUCUCCAUGGCUCAUGGUAAGGGAGUAAAAGGUUCUGAGCACACUGCCACUAUCGCUCUGCAGUCUCCAUUCGUGGAAUAUAGUGAUCGUUUUGAGUUGGGCCUUGGCCAAACUAUGGUUUCCUCCAAUUAUCCUUACGCUGAUCAUAACUAUGGUGUACUUGCUCCUUUUGGAAUGAGAUCAACGGUAAUGCAUACUGGCAGUAUGCUAAUACCACUGAAUAUGCCAGCUGAUGCACCAAUUUAUGUGAAUGCAAAGCAAUAUGAAGGCAUCCUCCGCCGCCGUCGUGCUCGCGCCAAGGCAGAGAAGCAGAAUAGGCUGAUCAAAUCAAGAAAGGUAUGUCUCAUUGCAGAGUCACCAAAGAGAGGCAAGGAAACAGAG